AUGCGUUUCUUUACAUCAACUAUAAAUAAGGGUAUCCGUCAAGCUGCCCAAAGCCCAGCAUUGCGAUUUUCACAGGCACAAGCAUUUCGCAAUGUGCGUCAGUACUCCACAGAAACUCCAGCCAAAAAGGGUGGAUUAAGCAACGGUCUGCUAUUAGGGUUGCUUGGUGCUGGCUUUGUAAGUGGAAUUGCUUACAACAAGAAGCAAGGCAAGACAUGCCCAUUACAAGAAGAUAGGUCAUCGUCUGUAUUCAAAUCAAGGGGUUUUGUCUCUCUCAAGCUUUUGGAUAUUCAGCCUGUCACUCAUAACACGAGUCUAUUCCGUUUUGCUCUUCCUGAAGGCCAGACUUCUGGUCUUCCUGUAGCCUCUUGUGUUAUUGUAAAACACUCUUCAGGAGGCUUCUUGCCUGUUCUUCGACCCUACACGCCCAUUUCUGAUGAGAAGACGGCAGGACAUAUUGAUUUCAUGAUCAAAAAGUACGAUGAUGGAGCAAUGACACCUCUUAUUCACACUAUGAAACCUGGAGACACACUUGAUUUCAAGGGCCCUAUGGUCAAAUAUGAUUGGGAAAAUACCCAAAAGCAAAACGUGGGCAUGAUCGCUGGUGGCACUGGUAUUACUCCCAUGCUACAAAUCAUCAAGAGAAUAUUUCACGAAGAUUCCACCGACAAGAAUGUUAGGGUGUCUCUGAUAUACGCGAACCAAACCGAACAAGAUAUAUUAUUGAAGAAUGAAUUGGACAAAAUCGCAAAGGAGCAUCCUGAUCGUUUCAAAGUAGUGUAUGCAUUGGAUAAAGCACCAACAAAUUGGACAGGUGUCAGUGGUUUUGUCAACAAGGAGGUCAUUCAAGAACAUUUACCUAGCCCACAAGCAGAAGACUCUAUCAUCUUUGUCUGUGGCCCUCCUCCCAUGGUCAAAUCAAUAGCAGGCGAAACCAUUCUGAUGAGUCAAGGUAAACUUGGCGGCAUCCUCAAGGAACUAGGCUACUCGAAAGACAGAGUUUUCAAGUUUUAG